CAUGUAUGCAUAAGUUUAUUAAUUUUGUAAUAAUUCAGUAACAAUUAAUUCAAAUUUUGGUAUGGAAUUUAUUAAAGAUAUCUAUUAUUUUAAUUAAAUUAAUUGAAACAAAAUAUCACCAAAGUGAUCUCUUUUGUGUAGAUUAAUUUAAUAAAAAUAUUAUGAUAAUUGUGUGUAUGUGAUUCAUAAAUUUAUUAACUAACCCAAAGGUGAGUUAAUAGUUAGUUGAAUUGCAUGCAUGUUUGUGGUGAUAAAUGUGUGACAAUUAUAAGGUAGUUUGUGUGAAUAAUAUGUUAGUCUAAAGAUUGCAUAUUAUUUGACAUAAUUUAUUGUCAAUGUUUGAUCACUACAACAAGAGUACCGCUUACAAUUAAUAUUACUGUCCAAAGACUUAAUAUUAAUGUUGUGUUUGGUAUCUUGAGAUGGGAUUAACCAUUAUUUGAAUUUAUUGUUUUAUUUGGAUUCUUAUAUGAGCAUGUUAUUUAUGUAAUUGUAUUGUUCUUUUCAGCUGUUGCUAGUGUAUCUGCUAACCUUAAUUCGGUACCGGUCCUUAAUGGUAAUAACUUUAAGGAUUGGAAGGAGAACAUUUUUAUUGUUCUUGGCUGCAUGGAUCUUGACCUUGCAUUAAGGAUGGAUCGUCCUGCUUCUCUUACGGAUACCAGUACCUCCGAGCAAAGGAGGAUUUAUGAGAAGUGGGACCGUUCAAACCGCAUGAGUCUUAUGAUCAUUAAGCGCGGCAUACCUGAGGCUUUUAGGGGUGCGGUGUCCGAGGAGGUCACCGAUGCCACAACUUUCCUUGCUGAAAUUGAGAAGCGCUUUGCGAAAAGCGAUAAGGCGGAAACAAGUACUCUUUUAAAGAAACUUAUUUCCAUGAAGUUUAAGGGCAAGGAAAAUAUAAGGGAGUACAUUAUGGAAAUGUCUCACCUUGCUUCAAAGUUGAAGGCACUAAAGCUUGAGCUUUCUGAUGACUUGCUUGUACAUUUAGUGCUUAUCUCUCUUCCUCCACAAUUCAGUCAAUUCAAGGUUAGUUAUAACUGCCAAAGGGAGAAAUGGACUCUUAAUGAGCUCAUUUCAUUUUGUGUUCAAGAGGAAGAAAGACUGAAGCAAGAGAAGACUGAAAGUGCUCACUUGGCAAGCACCUCUAAAGAUAAGGGCAAGAAAAGAAAGAAUGAGGCUGCUAAGGAUAAAGGUCCUGCACAUAAGAAACAAACUCAAACCAACAGUGAUGAUGGUUGUUUCUUUUGCAACAUGAAAGGACACAUGAAGAAGGAAUGUGCUAAGUAUAUUGCAUGGCGAGCAAAGAAAGGGUUGCCUGAGUUACCGAAAGCCAAAUGAUGCUGAAAGAAGCAUUUAUGUGGGAGAUGGCAAGUCGGUAAAUGUGGAAGCAAUAGGGCAUUUUAGGUUGUUGUUAAGUACUGGUUACUAUUUGGACUUAAUAGAUACUUUUGUUGUACCGUCUUUUAGACGGAAUUUGGUUUCUGUUUCUUGUUUGGACAAAUUGGGUUAUUGUUGUUCAUUUGGAAACAAUUGCUUUAGUUUAUCUAUUAA